UGUACAUCUGUACAAUGUUUUGGUACAGAGUGAUGGCCUGUCAACUGUAUAUUUUGAAACCCGAAUUUAAGGACUAUAAACACUGGCAGAGGAGCUCAGCAUACCAGUGGAGGAUCUUACCAAAUCAACUUGGAUUUAUAACAAGGCUUUUACUUUGAAUAACAGUACCAGACCCAUGGCUUUACUUAAGAGCGCCUGCACCGUUCCGGAUGAUGAGUUGCUCUUCCCAGAGAUUGUGGAACUCAAUGUGGGUGGCCAGGUGUACAUAACCCGCUACUCCACGAUAAUCAGCUUCCCAGAUUCCCUUCUCGCGGAGAUGUUCACUUGUAAGAGCAACAAAGGGCUGGCACGUGACACCAAAGGCCGUUUUUUUGUGGACCGCGACGGGUUUCUUUUCCGCUACGUCCUGGACUACAUGCGUGACCGUCAGCUGCAGCUCCCAGAACACUUUCCUGAGCGCGCGAGGCUCCAGCGGGAAGCAGAGUUCUAUAAGCUGCCUGAACUGGCUAAAAUGCUGGCAACCAGGUUUGCCAGACACACCCUGGGUAAUGAAGGUUGUCAGAGUGACCCUGAGGAUUUCCCUUCCAAAACCAACAUUUCCCAUAACCUGGACCCCCUUAACGCAGCUGCUGCUCCCUGCACCAAUCUGGUGGUGGAGGGAGGGGGGUGCAGCCACCGCUUUGGCUUCAUUACCAUUGGUUAUGAAGGCUCAUACACAAUGGGCCAGGACAGCCAAACGGGUGGCAAGUUCCGCCACGCGGAACGUAUAAUGGUGUGUGGGAAGACCUCACUGGUUAAGGAGGUUUUUGGGGAUACACUCAGUGAGAGCCAGGAUUCAGACUGUCCACCGGAUAACUACACAUCUCGCUCCUAUCUGAAAUUCACCUGUCUAGAGCAAGCCUUUGAUAAGCUGGCUCAGGCUGACUUCACUUUGGUAGCCUGCAAUUCAACUGGAAACUGCUCCUUUGCUCAUGACCAGGCAGAUGACAAAAUCUGGACCAGCCACACAGAAUAUGUGUUCCACUGUAAGUGA